CGACAGUUGAACGACUUGGAGUCUUGGAGUCUUGGACCCCACCUUGAACCAACCACCAUAAUCUAAAUACUCACUGUCAACAGUCAUGACAGAUAUUAACUCCAUACCGGCAGCAGUAUCGAGCACGACGGAUGUACUGAACUCUGCAAACAGCCUGCUCACGUCCCAUCGGGAGCUACUCACAUACGUGCGGAAUUCACAACGGGCACAUCGACGUCAGCUUCGUGCUCUUGCAACUGCACCCAACGAUCUGGUAAAUUUCCCAUUAAUUGAUUCUCCUGCACCAUCACCGCUGCAUUCCCCACCGUCAUCACCCCAACUCGCUCCUCGUACCCGCCCACAACGCCAAGAUCUCCAUCCCGCAAAACGCGCGAGGGUUGCCCGCUACGCAAAUUAUGUCCCAGAAGAAGAAACGAUCCGCAAUGACUACUCGCAGCGGUACGUCGACAGUGGCGAGUGGCCGCAGAAUCGGGUUCUCGGUGCGGAGCCUUCUCGCCGUUUUGAGGAAUACCCGAAGCAGCAGCGCUUGCUCAGCCUUAAAAAGGAGUCUGUCGACGUGCAUGCUACACCUCCAUUUUUCCUUCCUUUUUCUCACCUGUCUUCAUUACAUCCCCAAAAGUUCGAUGUCAUCCUCCUAGACCCCCCGUUCUCCUCAUCUUUUGGCUGGGAUGAUCUUCAAGCUCUUCCUGUGCCUUCUCUUGCGGCAGACCCUUCAUUUGUAUUUAUGUGGGUAGGUAGUGGCGCAGGAGAAGGUCUCGAACGUGGUCGCGAGGUCCUCGCUAAGUGGGGCUACCGCAGGUGUGAAGAUGUUGUAUGGGUAAAAACCAACAAUACCACCAAUCGCGGGCCAGGGACUGAUCCACCUACUACUUCUCUUUUGACCCGCACGAAACAGCAUUGCCUCAUGGGUAUUCGCGGCACGGUACGUCGCUCGACUGACAGCUGGUUUGUCCACUGCAACGUUGAUACUGACGUCAUCAUCUGGGAAGGUGAUACCGCCGACCCAAUGCGCAAACCACCCGAAAUGUAUACCCUUAUAGAAAAUUUCUGUCUCGGUACGCGCCGUCUUGAGCUUUUUGGACGGGCGCGCUCGUCCCUCCGCCGCGGGUGGGUCACAGUGCUGACUGCAAGCGAUGGGGCUAAAGUAGGAGAGCAUGCGCGGACUGCAGAAGGCGAUGCCGUGCACCCAUGGAACAAGGAUUCAUGGGAGGAAGCGACUCGACACCUGGCUUCACUCGCAGGGGGGAAGUGUGUCGUGCCAAAUUCGCAGGAAAUCGACGCUCUCCGCCCUAAAUCCCCUAUGCGUUCUGGUAACUCAGGUGUGAGUGGCGGAGUUGGGGUCGCCAUCAGUGGUGGCGUAGGUGUGGGUGUAGGGAGUGCCGGGGUGGGUAUGAAUGCGGUAAAUAUGAACGCCGACCCCAACAUGAACAUGCAACAUCCCCGGCGUCCGCCUUCCCAAAAUCCAAUGAUGGUGUCUCCAAUGAUGGGGAUGGGGAUGCCGAUGGACAUGGGGAUGGGCAUCGGGAACAUGAUGGGGAUGGGAAUGGGGAACAUGGGCAUGAUGGGGAUGGGGAACAUGGGAGUAAUGGGAAUGGGAGACAUGCCUGGCGCUGCAUUCCAAUGGGUAGGGGAUGGUGAUCGAAUCUGGGAGGACGGGAUGAUGGCUGGUAUGGGCAUGGGCAAUGGCAUGGGUAUGGGGAAUACGGGAAUGGGGGUAGGAGGUCCGGGAAUGGGUAUGGGUAUAGGAAACUCGAGGAUGGGUAUGGGCGGUAUGGGAAUGCAUGGGCAGUGGGGUCAAGGGUACGACGGGUUCCAGUGAGGGCCAUUCUUGUACGUGUAGUGUAGAGUUAUGCAGGUCCUGGACACGCACAUACACACUGUAUCAUAUUUUGCACCCGCCGUCGCCUGUAUUAAUUUACAAACCGUAGUGGAUGUAUUCAUCUAUGUAAUCUUAUUGAGAUUGUAUAGCACAUUCUACAACAUC